UUAAUAGUAGUUUGCCGACGGGUUAAACCUCUUACUGCACUAAUCCGAACUAAUCUACCACCCUUACAUAAUUGGCCUGUUACUCUUGUAUCAAACGGCGAGAAUAGACGUUCCGAGACCCUAUAAGUUACAAGUGCUUGGGUAUUCGCUUUUACUAUCUGCCCGUUCGCCUUUGGCACACCACCACCGCUUGCUAUUUAUUAUACAUUCUAUUUUUUGUUAAAUAUCUACCUUCUUAAUUAUUACUCUUUUCCCUCCAUUGCUUGAACCUUUAGUCAUAACCUUACUAAUGCAUGGUUUUUUGACCUCCCUAUACGCCUCCCUAGUUUGUUCGCUUCACAUAAGACACAUGAUCAAGGUCUGAUCGCUUUGAUAUACUCAUACCCCCUUUAUUCGUCUGCAGGUUAGGCCGAUUAUUCAAGCAUUGAGUGAAAACCUCAGCAUAAACGCUCUUCGCCAUGGCGUUUCCUUGGGGAGUCUCUUCUAUCAUAUCUCUUAUCUCAUCCUACCUCAUCGUGUCUAUCCAACCAGAAUGGAGCUAUUCAUAUAUGUUUCGCACAUUUAUCUCCGUUUGGUUUUUUCAAGUAUUUCUUUACGGUGUAUGGAGUGUCAUCUUAUAUCCUAAAGUAUUUUCCCCUUUAAUAGGCCUACCAGAGCCCAAGGGCGGUUCUUGGCUCAUGGGGCAAUUCGGGGCGAUAAGAAAAUAUCCCACUGGCAUACCUAUGAGAGAGUGGGUUGCUACGAUUCCAAACGAUGGCAUCAUCCGAUAUCUAAGUGUCCUCAACCAAGAGCGUUUGCUCAUAAGUGGACCAAAGGCCCUCGGAGAGGUUCUCGUAACAAAGAGUUACGACUUCAAGAAGCCAGGGGCUAUUCGCUUCGGUCUCGGCCGUCUAUUGGGCAUAGGGGUCCUCCUAGCGGAAGGUGAUGAACACAAAUUUCAACGCAGAAGUCUCCUGCCCGCCUUCGCCUUCCGUCACAUUAAAGAUCUCUAUCCGAGCUUUUGGAACAAGGGUCGUGAAGCCGCCCAGGCCAUGACGAAUGACAUUAUCGCCAAAGCAGCCAAGGGAACAUCGUCCCCAGAUCCCGAGAAGGCAGAAAAGACAGCUGUGAUAGAUGUUGGUGGCUGGGCAUCCCGGGCAACGCUAGAUAUCAUCGGAGCCUCGGGGCUAGGACGGGACUUUGGGGCGAUCCAGAAUCCGAAUACCGAGCUCAAUGCAAUGUAUCAGCGUGUUUUUAGCCCCUCAAAGCAAGGGCAAAGGCUAGCUUUCCUCGGGUCAUUCAUUCCCAACUGGAUACUCGCGGCACUCCCAGUAAAGCGUAACGAGGAAAUUGGUGAAGCGGCCAAGUUCAUCCGAACUGUAUGUCGCGAUCUGAUCAGGGAGAAGAAGGAGACGAUAGCGCGCAAGGAGGUUGCGGGCCGCGAUAUCCUCUCCGUGGCUCUCGAGUCCGGUGCGUUUGCGGAAGAAAAUCUGGUUGACCAGCUCAUGACGUUCUUGGCUGCCGGCCACGAGACGACCGCGACUGCGAUGACGUGGGCUGUAUACAUGCUAUCACGAUACCCAGCCAUGCAGAAGCGCCUACGGGACGAGAUUCGCGAAAAGCUGCCAUCCAUUGACGACGACUCAGGCCGUGACGUCACAAGUCUCGACAUCGACCGAAUGCCGUAUCUGAAUGCCGUCUGCAACGAGGUCUUGCGGUACUAUGCACCCGUUCCCCUCACCUUACGCGAGGCCGCAGUGGAUACCAGCAUUUCGGGAAUCCGGGUACCUAAAGGAACCAUUAUUGCGAUUUCCCCGUGGGCGACCAACUUCGACCGCGAGCAGUGGGGCCCCGACGCACACGAGUUCAACCCAGACCGCUGGAUGCCCAAGAGUGCCGACGACAAGCGGGCCGCGAGCGGCGGCGCAUCUAGCAACUACUCGUUCCUGACAUUUUUGCACGGUCCCCGAAGCUGCAUCGGGCUGGCUUUUGCCAAGGCCGAGUUUGCGUGUCUGCUCGCGUCGUGGCUGGGCCGGUUCGAGUUUGCCCUCAAGAAUCUAGAAGAGAUGGAUGAAAGGAAUGUCGAGAUCAAGGGGGGCAUCACGGCAAGGCCGCUUAAUGGCAUGCAUGUUCAUGCUACCGUGGUGGAUGGGUGGUGAUGUGUAUGUACUUGACAUAAUAUACAAGGGCGGCAUAGAAGGUUAGGUUUGGGAUAUGGUAUGAAAUGACACGAUAUAACAAUGUAGAAUAUGGGGUUUGUGACGAUAUUGGAUGCGAUUAAGGCCCUCGAGUUUGGCACUUGAUCGCCGG